CGUUGAACAUUUGUUAACAAGGUCUCAAGAUGUACCGGAAGCUCGCUCUCGCUGCUGUGCCCGCUUUUGUGGCAUUGCCCCACGUUCUCGCCCAGCAGAGCGCAUGGGGACAAUGUGACGGAAUUGGCUGGUCUGGAGCAACGACUUGUGUUUCGGGUUACGUCUGCACCUACCAGAACGACUACUACUCGCAGUGCAUUCCCGGGGCCGCCAGCUCGAGCAGCAGCACGAUGUCGGGUGCUACGUCCAAAUCGUCAACUGUCUCAUCGACCUCAUCCGCUCCGACGUCAACAUCCACCACAGCCGUCAAUUAUUGGUUCAGCUUCGGGGAUUCGUACACCCAGACUGGGUUCGUGACAACGGACACUCUUCCUGCGGUUGGAAACCCCCUCGGAAACCCCGAUUACCCGGGUUACACCGCAGUGGGUGGCGAGAAUUGGAUAGACGUUGCUACCACCGUCUACAACCACUCGACCGUUCUCACUUGGAACUACGCUUAUGGCGGCGCGACCAUUGACGCAUCGCUGGUGGCACCUUACGAACCGACCGUUCUGUCCCUCACUGACCAAGUUAACGAAUUCCUUGACGGUGCCGCCAGCAAACCCGCGUCUGCGCCGUGGACCAGCUCCGACGCACUGUUUUCCGUCUGGAUCGGAAUUAACGAUAUCGGCAAUUCGUACUACCAGAGUGGCAGCCGUAGCGCGUUUGAUUCGACGCUGCUGAAUGCAUACUUUGCCCUGGUUCAGAAACUCCGCAGCGAUGUCGGUGCUCGCAACUUUUUGUUCAUCAACGUUCCCCCAAUCGACCGUUCUCCCCUUAUGCUCGCGCAAUCGACCGACGCGCAAGCUCUUGAAAAAACUGUGAUCGCCGACUUCAACUCGCAGUUGGUGACCUACGUCAAUCAGUUCAAGGCCAACAACACCGGGGUCACAACAUGGAUCUACGAUGCCAACACUGCGUUUACCACCAUCUUGGACUCGCCCACUACAUACGGGUUUGUCGAUGCCACAUCCUACGGAAACACCGGUGAUUUCUGGGGCAACAACUAUCACCCAUCCAGCGCUGCUCAAGUCAUGUUCGGCGAGCAGGUCGGGAAGUUGCUCUCGGGUACUGUUUGGUGA